AUGUCCCGCCACGAUUAUCUGAGCUCAUCGCCGUCGAAGCUGUUUGACCAGCUGUUUGAGGAGGCCGGCGUGCAGCCGCCGCCGCCGCCGGCAACCGCAACGUCGCAGGUGUCCGGCACCGGCUGGACGCCCUACAUCGACAAGGUGUUUAUGACCAACAUGGAGCGAACGCGCGCGCCGGGCUCGUCGCCGGGCAACUUCGAGACGCACGAAAUGCGCACGCCCGCGCCCGACAAGACGCUCAAGCUGUCGGACUUCUUCAUCGACACGCCCACCAUGAACCAGUACGACCUCAAUGCGCUGCUCGGGAUCGAGAACGACAACAAGGAAAACCACCCGCUGUUUGCCAACAUGGACACGCCGAAUUUCAAGACGCCGCUGCACGAGCUCACCCACACGCCGAAGCUGCUGCAAAGCACGAGCGUGAGACGGCUGAGUGCGAGGACAACCCCGAGCAACUUCAAGACGCCUCUCAAGGAACACCACCAAUCGUCGCCCUCCACGAUCGUUCUAGCAUCUGCACAGAAACAGCAGCCCGCCCCGCAAAUGUCGCCGACGCCGGUGGCGAAGUCGCAGUUCAAGAGCGCGCCGUGCCAGCUCGUCAAGUCGGCGUCCAACAUGGAGCCUGUGAUCGGCAUCUUCCAGGACCAGAAACCCGUGCCGCCGCCGCGGCGACGGCCAGAUCCCGGCUCGGGCAAGUUCCAGAUCAUCUUCACAGACAUGAACACGCUCAAGGGCAGCUACGGAGCUAAGAAAAACAAAAAAAGACUCGCCCGCACCACCAGCGCUGUGGAAAACCCGGGCAAGCGCAAGAAACUCGUCAAGUACAACUCCGAGUCAGCAAAGGACACUCUCUGGACCGAUCAGAACAACUAA